UAAAAAGGUGUCACGGACCAACAGAAGCAGACCAUCCCGUCCAGAGGAGGCCAUCACAUCGACCAGGGACUGAGUUAAAGAGGAAGACACACUCUCUCUCGUCCUCUCUCUCUCUCUGCCAUCUACAGCUACCAUCAAUCAGCGGCCAUUAUGAGUGACGGAGAAGAACAACAGCAAACUGAUCAAAGCCGCACAGUGACCACUAAUAUAAUAUCAGGGACUGUGAAAUGGUUUAACGUUAGAAGUGGCUAUGGAUUCAUCAAGAGGGAUGACACUGGGGAUGAUAUAUUUGUUCAUCAGACUGCCAUCAUUAAGAACAACCCCAAGAAAUACCUGAGGAGUGUUGGAGAUGGGGAAGUGGUUGAGUUUAUUGUAAUCAAGGGGGCCAAGGGACCUGAAGCUGCUCAAGUCACCGGACCCAAUGGGGCACACGUACAGGGGAGCAAAUAUGCUCCUGAUAAAGGUGAUUACAACAGGCGGAGGAACAGAAGGAGAGUGCAACAACAGCCAACGGGACAAGACAGCCAAGGGGAAGAAAGGGGACCAUCUGAUGAAAAUGAAGACAGUCCUCAGCAGGUCCAGAGGAGGCGUCCACGUGGUCCCCAGCGAAGGAACUACCCACGUAACCUUGGUUACAGGAGGGGACCGCCCCGGGGCCCACCUAGGGGACCACCCCAAGACACAGGGAACCAAGGAGGAGGAUUUAAUAGACGUCCUCCUGGUCGCCGCCCCCCUCGUGGGCCCCCUAGGGAGCAGCCAAGGGAGAGAGAGGGAGAGCCCCCUCAAGCUCAGGGAAGGAACGGGUACAACAGGUCAAGAGUAUAUCGACCUAGAAGACCUUAUCGUCGUCGAGGGGGCCCCCCCAGGGGACAAGCUAACGGGAGGAAUGAUGAUGGACAGAUACAGUCUGAGGAGCCUCUGAAUGAACAGUCUAAUAAUUAUGAUGAUGGUGAAGAAGAACCACAACAACAACAACAACAAUAAACAACAACAAGAUAAUUAAUAAUAAUACACACAUUGUUUGAUCAAGAGCAGCUGUUACUAACUGUAGAGAACCAAACACUAGCUACUAUUAAGAGUGUGACUAGGAAACCACCUUCCUAUUAAUUAUUAUCGUUAUUAUUAUUAUUAGGCCGCACCCACACACACACAUUAUUACACAUACUUUGCUGCUCCCAUCAUCAAUUAUUAAUACAAUAUUACUGAGAGAGUCUGAUCACUGUUAAUGUUAUUCUUUAAAUUAUCCAUUUUCUUGUGUGCUCGAUCGAUCAAAA